AUGAAAAGUUUGAAACUUUACUAUCUUUUUCCCUUUUUAGUUUUAUCAUUUCUUGUUUUGUCUUUCCCUUUGAUAACAUCAUCAAGUAUUUUGCUUAAAGGUGAUUCUUUUUCAGUUAAAGAUGAUUCACAUUUCAUUACUUCUCCACAAAAAACAUUCACUUGUGGUUUUUAUCCUAUAGAAAGUACUAGUAAUGCUUAUUAUUUUGGAAUUUGGUAUACAAAUUCAAGAGACAAAACUGUUGUUUGGAAUGCUAAACAAGAUAGGCCUGUUAAUCUCAAAGGGUCAAAGUUAACAUUAAGAAAGAAUGGAGCUUUCGUUUUAACAGAUGUUGAUGAUACAAUUGUUUGGCAAACAAACACAACAUCAUUUGAUGUUGAAAAGGCUGAGGUUCUUGAAACAGGAAACUUAGUAUUGAAGAACCCUAAAGGUGAUAUUUUGUGGCAGAGUUUUGAUUUGCCUACUGAUACUUUAUUGCCUGAUCAAAGAUUUACCAAGAAUCAUAGAUUAGUUCCUCCUUUGAGGAAAGGGAGUUUAUCACCUGGAUACUUUAGUUUGUACUUUGAUAAUGAUAAUGUAUUGAGAAUGAUUUAUGCUGGUCCUUCAGUUUCGAGUAUAUACUGGCCUAAUCGCGAAAGGAGUGCGCCUCAGAAUGGUAGAACUAGUCAGCUGGAUACUUUAGUUGCACAUUUUGAUGGAAUGGGUAGAUUUUUCUCAAGUGAUAUGUUGCAAUUCAAUGUUUCUGAUAUGGGGUUUGGGAUAUUGAGAAGAUUGACUAUAGAUACUGAUGGGAAUUUGAGGAUGUAUAGUUUGGAUAACUUGACAGGGUUGUGGAAGAUGUCGUGGCAAGCUAUUGCACAACCUUGUGCUGUGCAUGGAAUAUGUGGAAGAUUUUCGAUAUGUACUUAUGUAUCGAAGCCUAAAUGUACUUGUCCUCCUGGAUAUGAGAUUGUUAAUGGAAGUGAUUGGAGUAGAGGUUGUAGGCCAAUGUUUAGAUCAAGAAGUUUGGAGUCUAGACAUGUCAAGUUUGUGGAAGUUCCUAAUGUUGAUUAUUGGGGUUUUGAUCUCAAUGCCACUGCUCCUUUGUCAUUUGAAUCUUGUAGGGAACUGUGCUUGGGUGAUCCACGUUGUCGUGCAUUUGUCUAUAGGCGUACUGGGGAGAGAUCAUGCUAUACUAAAGGCAUCCUUUUCAAUGGAUACAGGUCUCCUGGUUUCCCUGGAAGUGUAUUCUUGAAACUCCCUAUGAAUCUAAGUGCAUCAGAAUCAGGUCAUUUGAUGCUUGAAGGUACUGAUGCAAAAUGUGGAUUGAGUCCCGAAAACGCUCUUUUUGGUUCUCCUUCUAUGUAUGUAUUGGAUUUUAAGAAGGUGAAGUGGAUUUAUCUUUACCUGUUUUGUUCCACCCUUGGUGGAAUAGAGAUUCUGUUCUUCGUAUUAGGCUGGUGGGCGUUGUUUAGUAAACAUGGGAUUCCUGCUUCCAUUGAGGAUGGAUAUAAAAUGGUGUCAUCGACUCAGUUCAGGAGGUUUACGUAUACUGAACUUAAGAAAGCAACAAAAAACUUCAAGGUUGAGCUAGGAAGAGGAGGUUCAGGAGCUGUUUACAAAGGAGUUUUAGCAGACGGAAGAGCAGUAGCAGUCAAGAAACUUGCAAAUGAGUUUCAAGAAGAAUUUUGGGCAGAGAUGACGACCAUAGGAAGAUUCAACCAUAUGCAUUUGGUGAGGAUGUGGGGAUUUUGUUCUGAAGGUAGACGUCAGCUUUUGGUCUAUGAAUACGUCGAGAACUCAUCACUUGACAGGCAUCUUUCCAGGGCUGAUAUUCUUGGAUGGAAACAAAGGUUUGCAGUGGCACUAGGGACAGCCAAAGGUCUGGCAUAUCUUCAUCAUGAAUGUCUUGAAUGGGUGAUUCAUUGUGAUGUUAAGCCUGAAAAUAUACUUCUCGAUAGUGAAUUUGAGCCCAAGAUUGCAGAUUUUGGACUUGCAAAGCUCUCUCAAAGAGGCGGCCCUGGUUCAGAUUUCACAAAGAUUCGCGGUACUAAAGGCUAUAUGGCUCCUGAAUGGGCUUUGAACCAACCUAUAACAGCAAAAGUUGAUGUUUAUGCCUUUGGGAUUGUAAUACUAGAAAUGAUCAAAGGAAGUAGGCUGUCAAGUUGGGUGGUGGAUGAUAGUGAAUGUGAUCACGAACAAGAUUCACAGCUCGGAAAAUUUGUCAGGAUGGUGAAGAGGAAGAUUCAAAGUGGAGAAGAUUCUUGGGUGGAGAAACUUGUUGAUCCACGACUAGAAGGCAAAUUUAGCAAGAACCAGGCAGUGACACUGAUUGAAAUAGGCCUUUCUUGUGUUGAGCAGGACAGAAACAAAAGGCCUACAAUGGCCUCAGUAGUCCAAACAUUGCUGGAUUGUGAAGAUGAAACAACACAUAUAACAUAG